AUGGUUUUAUUACAGACUAUAAAUGCUCUUAAAGCAGAUUUAUAUGAAACCAAUAAUCUUAUCGAUAAAAAUUCAAUCGCAUGUCAAGUUCUAGGAUUUUUUACUUAUGAAACAUUUGGUUGUUUCUAUAUGACCUUUGUUCUUCAAGCUUUUUAUCGAUUAACAAGAGUUGUAUAUACCAAAUACAGAUUUUUACGGGGAUUUGCAUUCAAUUUAAUUUGUAUUCAACUUCAAUGGAUUAUUUAUUUUCUUUUAAUUCUUCCAUCAUACUUUUGGUCAGAACCAUUCUAUUCUUUACAUGAAUUAAAUUAUUACUGUGGUAUUCGAUAUGAAAAUAUUCUUGGACUUUCUUAUACAAUUAUGAAUAUUUUCUUUUUGCCUCCUGUUUAUCUAUUGUUAAUCUAUGCUCGUUUGGUAUAUUUUAUUCGUCAUCAGGCAUUUCAACUGUCAGAAGUGCGAAAACGAAGAAGAGCUCAUCGUGAUUUCAUGGUUACUCGUCGUAUUUUAUUUACUGUCGUUGUUAUAAUUUUACCCGGAUUACCAAAUCUAGUAUUUGCUAUCAUGACUAAUAUUCAUCUUCCUUUUUCAGGUUCUUAUUAUAUGUAUCGAAUUCAAUUUAUGGGUCCAACAGUAACCGUAUUUAUAGUUAGUAUAGUGAUCGCAUUUAUUACUCGACAAAUCAAACAAAUACUUAUAAAAUUGAAAUUUCAUGGAAAUCCAGUAGCACCAAUGACCUUACCAAUGGAAGAACUACAACAUUCUACUGUUCAUCUGUCAAGACCAAUUCAAGGUUAA